AUGGCCUGGACCAGUAAUAUCUCCUGGUUUAAUCAUCUUGCUCUACAUGAAGAACAUUUUAGGAGGUACUUAAACAGCACAGAGGAUUACUUAGCCUUUCUAUGUGGGCCCAGACGGAGCCAUCUGUUCUUACCUAUGGCUUUGGUGUACACCCUGAUCUUUGUUGUUGGGGUGGUAGGUAACUUCUUAGUUUGCUUGGUAAUCCUCAAGCACCGGAACAUGAAGACCCCGACCAAUUACUACCUCUUCAGUCUUGCCAUUUCAGAUCUGCUUGUGCUGCUUUUUGGGAUGCCACUGGAAGUCUACGAGAUGUGGAGCAACUACCCCUUCUUGUUUGGGCCCAUCGGCUGCUAUUUGAAGACUGCACUCUUUGAGACAGUGUGUUUUGCCUCCAUCCUCAGUGUGACCACCGUCAGCGUGGAGAGAUAUAUUGCCAUCCUUCACCCUUUCCGUGCCAAGCUGGAAAGCACUCGCAAGCGUGCCCUGAGGACCAUCGUGGUGCUUUGGGUUCUCUCUGUCCUCUUCGCCCUCCCCAACACAGGCACCCAUGGCAUCAUGCUGCAGUAUUUCCCUAAUGGCACCCUGAUCCCUGGCUCUGCUACCUGCACUGUAGUCAUGCCCAUGUGGAUCUAUAACUGUAUUGUCCAGAUUACUUCUUUUCUCUUCUAUGUCCUGCCUAUGGCGGUAAUAAGUGUGCUGUACUAUCUGAUGUGUCUAAGAUUGAAAGGAGACGAAUCUUUGGAAGUGGAGGAAAUGGCUGUGAAUGUUCAGAGACCAUCCAGGACAUCAGUUACCAAGAUGUUGUUUGUCCUUGUGAUGGUUUUUGCUAUCUGCUGGGCUCCAUUCCACAUAGACAGACUUUUCUUCAGCUUUGUUGUAGAAUGGACUGAGCCUCUGGCUAAUAUAUUCAAUUUGAUUCACGUGGUGUCAGGUGUUUUCUUCUAUCUGAGCUCUGCUGUGAACCCCAUCAUUUACAAUCUGUUGUCCCAGCGCUUCAGGAUGGCUUUCCUCAGUGUGAUUUCUCCUUGCUGCAAGCACUGGGCCCCUAAACAUUCCAUCAGCAAGACUUCUGCCCAGCAGAACAUCUUCAUGGUUGAGGACCACAAUCUCAUGGAUUCUGCUGAAGACACAAGUCUCCCUGGCACACACAGGACAUCUGUCAGCAGUUCUCAGCUCUCCACCGGACUGUGACUGUUGUG